AUGACCAAAUUGACCAAAAUGACCAAGUUGACCAAAUUGACCAAAUUGACCAAAUUGACCAAAUUGACUAAAUUGUUGGUACGAGAAGGAUAUGGAAGACGUAGCACCCACGGAUUACCUACAUAUUGA